CUGCAGACAAGGUUAUUGAUGAUGAGUUGGAGGAGAUGGGUCAGUCAAAUCAGUUAGAAACUGCCAUUAUCCACAACCAGACAAACACCACGAAGAAGCCAAUGAAGGGUUCUAGCUGUAAUACAGAAUUAAGUAUGGAAAAUCAAAAACAGAAAACCUCAAACAACAUCACAGACUUAAAUUCUGAAUGUAGUAUUUGUGGUAAAAUACUGUCAAAGCCUGAAGAGAUCAUGAGCCAUGCUAUGACAAGCCAUGCAGUGAUAAUUAAAAGAUCAGACGGCUUUUACAAAUGUAUAUGUAAUAUCUGUGGUAAAAAAUGUUUUCAGAAAGAUGCGUUAGAAGAACAUAUGGCAACACAUAUAGCUAUGAAAUGUUGUAAGUGUGGCAUCUGUGGCAAGAUAUGGAAUACAUCUAGUGAGUACCGAAGUCAUAUUUUGGCAAGUCAUGCAACAAAACAUAAAGGGAAAUCGGGGACAGUUUUCGAAUGUAAUAUUUGUGGCAGAAAGUUAUCUCAAAGGUAUGGUUUGGAGGCACACUUGGCUACACAUACAAAAAGGGAAAGAACAUUCAGAUGUUUGACUUGUGGUAAGGGAUUUUUCAAGAGAAAAGAACUUACAGUUCACGAAAGUGUUCACACUGACGAAUAUAAAUACAACUGUAAUAUUUGCGGGAAUACAUUUCUACAUAGCAAAUCUUUCUACCAUCACAUGAAAAAGCACUCGGCAAACGAUAAGCAAUAUAGAUGUAACAAUUCCAGGAAAAGCUCGGAAAACAUCGAACAACUUGAAGCUCACAGUCUUAGAAGAACUGUCAGGCAGAAUGAUGAAUGCAUCAAUGGAUCAAACAACAGAAAGAAAGAAACCGUAGGAUGCAAAAACACAUGGAACAAUUUAAAGAGUCUGCAGAUCGAGUCCAACACUAGACAUGUACAGAAAUCCACAACAGACAUGAUUGCAGAAGAGAUGAAUCAGUUGCAUACCUCGGUAUUCAUCGAGAGUGAUGCAACAGAAAAAUUGGGAAACUUGUCUUCUUUUGAUACAGAAUUUAGCAUGACAAGCCACCUGCAGAAACCGUCACAUGAUGGCAAAAAUGCAAACCCCUGUAAAUGUGGCAUUUGCGGGGAGAUUUUGAUUUCGGCAAUGCAAUUAAGAAGUCAUGUUAUGACACGUCAUGCAACUAUAAAAGAUAAAAAAGGUGAUUUUUGUAAGAGAUCGUGCAAUAUCUGCGGUAAAACUUUCACAAGGUUCUAUGGGGCAGAAAAACAUCUUGCACUGCAUACAAAGAGAGAAAGAUCAUUCAAGUGCAAGAUGUGUGAUAAGGGAUUUUUCACCAAACUAGAGUUAAUGAUUCAUGAAAAGACUCACAGCAGGGUAUUUGAAUAUGCCUGUGAUAUUUGUAUGAAAGGAUUUCACGAUAUGAGAUCUUACCGUAACCAUAUUGCAAAUCACUUGAGUGAGGAAUAGUAUGACAACACAGAUUGUGAAAGUCGCUAUCAGAUGGAAACAAGUUGCCUUAAAAAUACUGGACAGCCUUAUCUAUCAAGCGACUCUAAAGAAUGUGCUUCUGUAUAUGAAAAGAUAGAUAAUAAUGUUGAAACUGGGGGACCUGAGUCGUUCACUUGGAAGGAAGACGCAAACAGCAUAUGUGUUGAAGAAGUAGAGAAUAUGAAUCAGUCCGAUACCACAGUUAACAGAAACGCUGCAACAGAAAACGUUUCUAGUCUUGGUGAAGAUGUUAGCAACAAGAAUCAUGAUUUAAAAAGCCAUGAAGCCAUUGACUCGAAAUUACAGAAACUUUGUGAGAAUGAUAUCGGCGGACAACCAUGUUCUCGAAGUGCUGUUUUGGAGAAUGAUGUGUGCAAACAAACCUACAGGGAGAUCUCUCACAAGUGUAAGACAUGUGGUGAAAGAUGUGAUAGCCGAUUAGAACUGAAACAAGGUAUGGCUCGAGCCGACACAUUUGAAUAUACCUGUGAAAUAUGUUGUAACGGGUUUGAAAUUACCAGAUGUUUCAAAAGCCACACGAGAAAACACUGGAUAGAGGAAACUUACGCAUGCACACAUUCUAGGAAUAAUAUCCAAAAUUCCAGUUUCUCUGAUGAGCAUCUUUUAAGAAACAGAGGGCAAGAUAAUCAGCACACCCCUGUAGUGGAAGAGGCAAAUAAUGUUUUUGGAAAGAUCAGAAGUAGUGUAGAAAACCACAAGAUUGAAUUAUUCAUCGGAAAAAAACACUUGGCAAACACGGUCAUUCACCAGGAUGAUCAGUCAGACUGAAAAAGUAAACAUGACAAAAAAUAUACCGACACCAUGUCAUGAAAAAAAGCCAAUAAAAACCUGUAAAUGUGAUAUUUGUGGCGAGAUCGUGUCUUUGCCUGAGAAAUUAAGGAGUCAUAUUUUGACACGUCAUGCAACUAUGAAGGACACAACAGGCAACUCUUGCAAGUGUUCGUGUAAUGUUUGUGGCAAAACGUUCUCUCGGAAGGACAGUCUAGUAAGACAUUUAACUAUACAUGCAAACAAGGAGAGAUCAUUUAAACGUUAAGUAUUUGGUAAGGGGCGUUUACAGCAACCCGAACUAGAAAAGGAUGAACAGAUUGACAGCAAUGUAUAUGAAUACAAUUGUGAUAUUUGUAGCAGCAGGUUUAAGGAAAAAAGAGCUUUCCAAAUCCACCUAAGAAAUCACCAUGCUGAAAGACCCUUCACAUGUAAGGAUUGUGGGGACAGAUUUCCAUCCAAAGGACACCUUGUGUCGCAUCGCCGCUACAAUCAUACAAAAAAGACACACAGCCAAUGCAAUAUUUGUAAUAAAAUGGUAAAUGAUAAGAGAUUUAAACGGCACCAAGGAGCGCACGUUAAAAAUCCUGCGUACAAGUGUGAUAUUUGUGAAAAGCAGUUAUGCGAUGUACGAGCACUGAAAAAUCACAAAAAGUUACACACAGGCGAGUUCACCUAUAUUUGCAAAAUCUAUGGGAAGGGAUUUGUCAAUGAACUUCCUUACAAAAGACACAUGGCAGAGCACACAUGAAGCAGGGAUUUUAAGUGCGAUAUCUG